CCUUGUCAAAUUGAUCCAAAAGAAUCUGAUGAACUUCUUCCUGAAGGAAUAAUCAAAGAUCGAAAUGAUGAAAAUAAAAUUCGAUUAGCUUGGGUCAACGGUGAAGUUCUUCGAUCUCCUCCAAUGCUUCGAUAUAAUCGAUAUUUACGUCGUACUUAUUAUUAUUUCGAUGAAUUUGAUGCUGAAGGGAAGAUCAUUCGAUAUUUGUUUUGUGGUGAAUAUCCAUUUAUUUUAUCAACACUUGAUCAAUUAACCAAAUCAGGACAAAUUUCUUCUGCACAAAAAUACAAUGAAUAUUUGCGAUUUUGUUCAAUGUUAAAUCGAAUUAUUCAAAUGCAAUUUUUGCAAAAUUCGAUCAAAAUAAUUUAUUUCAACGAUUAUCUCGGAAUCGAUUCAACAAAUUGUAAAUGA